AUGGAUACAUUCUCCAAUACAAGUUGGGGAAAAGAGUUGCAGAUAGAAGCAAUUAAACAUUUUGAAGAUAUUUUUAAAGCACAAUAUUUUAGGGCUGACUCUCUGCAAAUUUCUGAACCAUCACUUCAAGUAGCAGCAUCUUCAAACCCUAGUAAAGAUAGUAGUGUCGAAAAGUUUGAAAUAGAUCUACUAAGUUUGCUUAAUAGAAAACCUGCCCAUAAUGCAGACGACGAUAUGGCCUGGCGUUACGAAAUCGACAAAUAUAUUUCUGACCCAAGAGCUGACAGUACUGAACAUAUUCUAGAAUGGUGGAAGAGACACGAAUGCAUUUUUCCAAACCUUGCCGCAAUGGCCAAAGACUUUUUGGCAACGCCAGCUUCUUCAGCUCCAGUUGAAAGGCAGUUUUCUAGAGCUGCCUUGACUCUUACCAAAACAAGAAAUCGAUUAGGCGAUAACUCCGUUGGAAGCCUUUUGUGUCUCAAAUCAUGGAUGGCAAAUGAGGAUAUUAAAGAUUUAUUUUAG